GGCCGAAGCCGCCCGCGAGCCGCGGCCUCCGGGCCCUGGGGACCCGCGCGCGCAGCCCGGCUGGCGCGGUCCCUGCCGCGACCCGGAUCGAGACGAAGGCCAGCUUCACCCUGAGGCCUGAAUGUGUGUGCACACUGAACUCGGCUGCCGGCGGACCCCGCUUUCAGUUCCUGCUUGCGUGUCCAGCUGUGUAUGGGAUGAAAUCACAUCUGAGCAGCAGGCUUUACCCACGCGUGGCAACUCAGGUCACGUACAUCCUGGCCCUGCUGGCUAGAACCUGCAGACGUGUCUUUACCUGAUGCCACGUCCCUGUUCCUUGGCACCAUUAGGGCACGUUCCAGCCAUGGCUCUGGGGCUCUUCCGGGUGUGUCUGGUGGUGGUGACGGCCAUCAUCAACCACCCGCUGCUGUUCCCGCGGGAGAACGCCACGGUCCCCGAGAGCGAGGAGGAGAUCAUCCGCAAGAUGCAGGCGCACCAGGAGAAGCUGCAGCUGGAGCAGCUCCGCCUGGAGGAGGAGGUGGCCCGGCUGGCGGCCGAGAGGGAGGCCCUGGAGCAGGUGGCCGACGAAGGCCAGCAGCAGAACGAGACCCGCACGGCCUGGGACCUGUGGAGCACCCUCUGCAUGAUCUUCUUCCUGGUGAUCGAAGUGUGGCGGCAGGACCACCAGGACGGGCCUUCGGCGGACUGCCUGGGAGGGGACGAGGACGAGCUGCCCGGCCUGGAGGGCGCCCCGCUGCGGGGCCUCACCCUGCCCAACAGGGCGGCGCUCGAGCACUUCUACGAGCGCUGCAUCCGCGGCGCCACGGCCGACGCGGCCCGCACCCGGGAGCUCGUGGAAGGCUUCGUGGAUGACUUGCUGGAGGCCCUGAGGAGCCUGUGCAGCCGGGACGCGGACGUGGAGGUGGAGGACUUCAUUGGCGUGGACAGCAUGUAUGAGAACUGGCAGGUGGACAGGCCGCUGCUGUGCGACCUCUUUGUGCCCUUCGUGCCGCCCGAGCCCUACCACUUCCGCCCGGAGCUCUGCUGCUCCCGCCGCUCCGUGCCCUUGGACCGCCAGGGCUACGGCCAGGUCAGGGUGGUCCGGGCCGAGGAGGACGCGCUGGGCUGCGUGUGCGGCAAGAGCCCGCUGGGGGAGGACAUGCUGUGUCUCCUCCACGGCAGCCACAGCGCGGCGCGGCCCGGCCGCGGGCUGGAGGCCCUGCUGUGCGCCGGAGACCCCCCGUACCUGGACACGGCACGGGUCAUGAAGUGGUUCCAGACGGCCCUCACCAGAGCCUGGCGCCGCAUUGCCCACAAGUACGAGUUCGACCUGGCCUUCGGUCAGCUGGACUCCCCGGGCUCCCUCAAGAUCAAGUUCCGCUCGGGGAAGUUCAUGCCCUUCAACCUGAUUCCCGUGAUCCAGUGUGACGACUCGGACCUGUACUUUGUGCCCCACCUGCCCAGAGAGCCCUGUGGGGAGACCCCGGCCUCCAGCACCGACUGGCUCCUGUCCUUUGCCGUCUAUGAGCGACACUUCCUCCGGAUGACCUCGAAGGCGCUGCCCGAGGGGGCCUGUCACCUCAGCUGCUUGCAGAUCGCCUCCUUCCUGCUGUGCAAGCAGAGCCGCCUGACCGGCCCCAGCGGCCUGGGCAACUACCACGUGAAGACCGCCCUGCUGCACCUCCUGCUGUCGCGGCCGGCCGACUGGCAGGCAGGGCAGCUGGACGCCCGGCUGCGCGACUUGCUCCGCUUCCUGGAGAAGAGCCUGCUAGAGAAGAAACUCCCUCACUUCUUCAUCGGCAACCGCAAGGUGCCCGAGGGCAUGGGACUCCCUGAGGCCGUGCGCAGGGCCGAGCCUCUCAACCUCUUCCGGCCCUUCGUCCUGCGGCGAAGUCUCUACCGGAAGACAGUGGACUCCUUCUACGAGAUGCUCAAGAACGCCCCGGUGCUCAUUCGCGAGUAUUCCCUGCGUAUCCCGUCAGACCAGGCCAGCCCGCCCCACAAAGCUGUUGUCUUGUAGAGCGUCCGGGACCCAGGCGGCCAGGACGCGGGGCACCCCACACGUCCACGCCUCUGGGGGCAUCUGCAGGCCCCUGCCCGGGAGAGCGGCGGGCGCUGUGCGGCAUCCGGGCUCAGCCCACCAGGGAAGCCUGGCCCUAUGGCCCACGGAGGAAACAGAAUUCCAAGCUGGGAAAGCUGAUUUGCUUUCUCACCACUGGGGCCCUACUGGUGAGGUUAUUGUCUGGGUUUGGUUGAUCCUUUGCCGCUUACUUUUGGAUCACCACAAAUGGCCAAGAUGAUGACAAAAUCCUCUCUGGACGUGGAGCUAAAGACAACGCAAACAUCUAUGCGGGUGUAAUUUUUACAUCCCAGGUCCAGGCUUUACUUAAAUAUCAACAGAGGAUCUGCAGGAAUGCUGACGGAGAUGCAUGUUAAGACCCUGCAGCCUGUUUCCAGUAAUCCUUGGCCCCAGGCAUCCGCGGCCAAGGCACCAACAGGAACAGUUGUGGGAAUUUGCAACCUUCCAUCCACGGCCUGCACAGUAGGGGUCCUUUUAAACUAUUUGUAGAAAAGACCUAGAAGAGAUUCAAGGCCCCAAGGGGCCAAUGUCUGUUGCACAGAAGUGGGUACUUGGUGGCAGAGGGAAGUUUCAGUCAGCCACUUUUUCAGCUCCGUGUCUCACUCAGGGUGCACCCCCUUCUCCCACCCCUUACCCCAGUUGCUGUGCCCUGAGCCCCGUAGGUGCCAAUAUACCGUGCUGGGGACAAGCUCCGUAGCUGGUCUCUGACCAUCCGUGUGGUGGGGGAGGGCGGAUACCAGAGGUGGAAGCAGCAAGAGACACAGGGUGACUGGGGCAAAGGGUAGAACCUGUCCCCAGGGCGCUGAUGCCCAGUUCAGAGAAGAUGGCAGAGCUGAGGAGGGAGGGAGGGGUGCCACAGCCCUGAGUUUUCCUCAGCAGAGUCGCAGUCCUAGAACCAAGCAUGCCUGGAGGCAAGAGGAGACCCCGCUCCAUCUGUUGGCCCCAAGACCCAUUCACUGCAAUGGGGCGCCCUCAAUGCACAGAACCCCCCUUUCUGGAUGGGCUUUGCCAGCCACACAGAUGACCAAGACCCGAAGAGGCUCGGCUCACUGGAAACAUGCAGGGAUAACUCUGCCGACCCAGCCCCCGAGCCCCAGAGAGGUCACCCCAGUACUGCUGGGGGCUGUGGUCACUGGGCAGGCGCCAGAGCCUGCGGUGGGAGCUGGCCGGUCUCCAGGCCUGGGUAGGGGGUUGGGAAGCCACUCCUCGUCCACUUCUGGCUUCACUGGCCCUUUGGGAGUUUCUCCCAUGGUACUGCCUCAGUAACCCUUGCAGCAAGCCAAGGGGGAGGCAAGAAGGAGCGCACCUGAACCAGCACCUGAGUUCCCCUCCGGAGUUUAAGCUGGCCAGGCCUGCCGAACAGCAUUCCCCAUUCUCUGGGGAUGUCGGGCUCACCACGAGCUGCGGAGGAUUCUGUCCCUCACCCAGGGGUGCUCUCACCUGGCCCCAGCGGUUCCGGAAGAUGGACGGUUUGCCUGGCAGGGUUCACUUGCGGCAGGAGGCUCGGCUGUGAUGGGGCACUGAGGCCUGUAGGAACCCUUCCACGGAAGCUGGAGUCGGACCACGCAGACUUGGGUCUGGUCUCCCCAGCGCCGUAGCGGUCAGCGUGCUGCCAGGAAGGGUGGUCAUGCCCGCGUGGCCCCCGGCAGUAGCCCCAAGCCCCCAUUCAGUUGUGAUUUGUUUCCAGAAUCGGGGUGAAUUCCCAUAUUUAUUAUUGCCCAUGCCUUGCCUUCCCCCCCUCAUCCUUAACUUGUUGUGCUUGGAGGAGACCCCACAGCCGGGAACCAGGCUCCAGAAGCCAAGACCAAGCCUGAACCUCCCUCAGCCUCCCCUUGGCUUCCAAAAAAGUUCACUGAAAAAUGACCUUCUGGCCUCUUGUUUAUCCAGAGAAGACAACUCAGCAGGGCAGUGGGGAUCUUCUAUGCACCAAAGCUGCUUCUGAAGCAGAAAACAGCCGAGCUCUCGGUGUUUCAUGCUGCCUUAUUUAUAUGAAAGGAAGAAUUAAAUUCUUGCAAGGA